UUAAAAUUGAAAUGUAGUGACAGACGUGUCUCUACAACUAAAAUGUUUUUUCGUUAUUUCUAAUGGCUAAAAGGCAUUCUAAAUCUGUUUUGAUUUCAUUAUUUCGAUUAUGUUGAUUUCAUGUUUUAUUUUAUUUGACCAUAAUUUCAUAUUUAAACAUGGAAGAGCCUUACCUUAGUGAAAAUGAUUUGGAAAACCAAAUGUAUGCUAUGCUUCACUAUGUUGACGAAACUCAGACAAAUGUAAGCAUUAACGAAAAGGAAAUAAAUGUUGAUGAAAAUGCACAUCGUAGUACUAUACGAAGGUACUGGCGUAAUAACGACGAUCAAAACUCGAUCUAUAAAAAAGUAAAUGCCCCAAAAGGACCUGUUACCAACAAUGAUGUGAUUGAUAAAAACCAGCCACAAGCUAAAGGUGAAAAAAGUAGUCCUACUGCUUCAACUGUCGACUUGUCCAUUUUUGAACAGCCAGUAUCAGUUAAUGUUAAGAAAACCAUAGAAAUACUAGAAAAUGAGGAUGCUAAUUGUAUUGUCGAACUAGAAUCUAGUGAUGAAGAUGAAGUUAUUGAGGUGGCAUUGCCUCCAAAACCAACCAUUACAAUUGACAGUUCAGAUGAAGAUGUCUGCUCUGUUCCUAGUAACUCCUCAACAAAGAUUUCAAAACCAACACAAGAGAAACCCUCUGGUGAUAGAGAAAAAACAGCAAGCCCUGUUCCUUCAGUGGUAUCAUCAGUUUCAGAUGAGUUUAUUAGAGGUGAUUGCAUAGCUUUGAAUAUUUCUUCAAAACAUUCUAAUAAUCAAAGUUUUGACUUUAGCCUACAUGCCUCUGACUUAUUGGAUCAGACUCCUUCAAAGAAAAAAAAGAAAAAGAGAAACAAAGAUGCAACAUCAACCCCAAUACCCAACAAAACACCUCACACAUCUACUGUUAAUUCCAUGGAGGAAUGUUUUGCAACACCAAAGAGUAAAGCAAAAAAUAAAAGGCAAAGAGUUAGAUCACAUAGAGUAUCUGAAAAAAGUAUUCCAAGUGCUGAUGUUUAUAAUUCGAGUAGCAAUCAAUCAACGAAUGAGAAUAACAAAAAUCAGAGUCCUUAUGUUGUAACAGAUAAGAGCUUUCCGAACACAGAUGUUUAUGAAUCAGACUCGAAUCAAUCUGAAAUCAUAAAAGAAGAUGCUCCACAAAUCACUCUUCCAGAAACUAGAGAUGACGAACGCUCAGAUAAUAGAGUAUUGGAAAAGCCUAUAACAGAAACUGCAAAAACUCCCAAGAAAAGAAGCAAUGAAGAUAUGAAUAAACUUGUCACUGUCGAUCUGACAACACCAGCUACUACAGCCAUAAAUGAAAAUAUAGUAAUGGCAAAUGUCACUGGAUUUACAGAUAUUGACGACUAUUGUGAUGAAAAUAUAGUUCCUCAAAGCGAUAUUGCAAAAUGUGGAUCUACAAAAAUACCAGAAAUAUUGAAUGCCGAUCUAGAUUUUGAUAACUUGAAAGGUAACAACAAAACAUGUAAACUACGGCAGUUCUCUCUUAAUACUCUAAGGGCUGAAAUGGAAAGGUUUUACAAUGAAAGCUGGGGAGGCGAAGAAUUUAAUCAUCGAGAGAUACAAAAAAAUAUGUCAAGAGACAAAAGUUUGUGGGUAAUAGAUCCUAAAGACAGAAUGCCAUCAAUGUCAAAACGAAAAACCACAUGCAAUUAUUGUAACCGUGCUGGACACCGUGAUGAUACAUGUCGCAUGAAGCCACCGAUUUGUUUCAUGUGUGGCUCUGCUGGUCAUUUCGAGCCUCGAUGCCCCCGAAAAAUUUGUGUUAAUUGUGGAUCACCAAACCACUCAUAUUUUACUAUGUGUCGGAAUUGCUGUAACUGGGGUUCUAUCAAAUGUGCUGAAUGUGGGCAAAAUGGACAUCCGUCUAGCCAUUGUCCAGACAUUUGGCGGCGAUACCACAAUACUAUAAGUUUGGACACACCACUGGUAGAAAAUCGUCAAUUAAAGGCGUAUCACCAAAUGUUUUGUAGUGGGUGUACUCGUAGCGGUCAUUUGAUCCACACAUGUCGAGUAACUUUGCCAUUUUCAGGACUACCAAUAAACUCUCCUUACGUGGCAGUAUACCGACCUGUUUACUCUCAAAUUCAAGCUAACCAAAACAAUCAACGCAAUAAUAAUAACGAGCAAAGCAAACAAAUGUAUAAAAACAGAAAUAUUAUCUAUGACAUGACCCCAUCCUCACCUGCGUCGACUCAAAGGAACGUACAACUUAAACGUCAGUCUAAAUCACCUGUCACUCAUGACUCUCAUCAGAAUAAAAAGAGGUAUAAUAGUAUAUCCAAUGAUAAUGUACCUUCCCAAAUAGCGAAAACUCCAUCAAUCAACAAUUCGCAAAGAAAAAAUUCUCAGAGUAGAGAUCAGCCGCCAUCUAUUAAUAAAUGUACCUUAGAACCGUCUAAAAAUCCCAAAAAAGCAGCGGAAAAUCAAACAUCUGAAAAAGCUCUAGAUUUUAUACCAAUAACUACGGAAAAUCAUGACAAGCGAGGUCAAAUCAUUCAAGACAAUGAAGUAUCAGAUACGAGUGAAGUCAUUACUUCAGCUAGGGUUAACAUUACAAAAAAAAUAGUAGAUAAGCUUAAGAUGGAUGAAGGUAAGAUGUGGUUGAAUGAAAUACUUAAGAAAAACAAUGUGACUCUGGAAAAUGAAGACAUAACUUGUUGCUUGAGUGUCAGAGGUACAGUUGGUAACCAGGAGGCUUUCCAAUCUGAAUUCUGGGAAGGGAUAAGAUGCAAAUACCUUAGUAAAGAACGCAUUAUGCCUGAAAACGAAGGCGAUAUAACACAAGAAUCGAAUAUCGUUCAGAAUGACUUAAGCAAUAAUAUACCUAAAAAUAGGAAUAAUGUUAUGCGUAAACUGAGUAAAGCUUUUGAGUCCUUAAAAAAAGAGUUAGGUGAUCCCAAAGCUAUGUACAAGGAAUUAGUUUACCUCCAAAAUCGCCAUCAACAAUUACUUAAUCAAAAAGUUAUUAGUCCGAAACAGCUCUCAAACAAUAGGGACAAUAUUAAUAGUAUGCUACGGAAACUCAAUAUGGUACUUUUGGGUCAGGCUGGUCUCGCAGAUGGAUCUAAGCAUAUGAGUGAAUUAUAUUCGUUACAAGAAAAGUUGGCUAACUUUAGACAAAAAAAUAUACCAACAAAUCUACGUCAAGAAAUAGGAGCACACUUCCAUUGUAUAUUUGCUGCCAUUCCAAGAGAUGAUUAUUCCGACCUCCUUGGUGAAUAUUAUAUCAACAAACAAAAACCAAUGUUCAAAAAAAAGAAAUAUGACAAGUCGUUUAAAGUUAGUCCUAAUACUAAGAAAAAUAAAAUGUUUAAUACUUACCAAAAUUAUCAGAGGAAUAUAAGUUCUGGAAGAGAAAUAAUAUUUGAGAAUAACGAGAAUGAAUCUUCUCUGAAAGGACCAGCGGUUAAGAAAACUAAAAACAAAUUAGUUUUCUACCACAGAAGACUAUUACAUUCUCCAACUAAUGAUAUAGUCCUUAAACGAAUGAGAAGUGAACUUAUGAAAGAACUUCAUAUGAAUAUUGCUUUAUUAAGCAAUAAGAAUAAAGUAUCUUCAAAAGAUUUGAAGAAAAUGAGGAGAGUCCAAGAGCAAGCUCAAUCGUUCUUGACUAAUAUUUAGGAUACCAGUAAAGUUUUGUGGGUCGCCGAAUGUACGCUUUAAAGUGUAAGAGGAGUCGCUACUAUAUUACAUAUAUCCCACAAGAAAAUUUUAUUUAUGUAAUGGCGGUUUUUCGUUUAGGAUGUAAGCGCACUUUCAUGGUGCAUGUGAAAAUAAACUUCUUAGUUUAAAGCA